GGCUACAGUGAGCUAGAAGCUCUUCCCCACGCAGAAUGCCUGCUUUCCCUAGUGUUCGACUUCCAUUGUCUAAUUCCUUCACCCUGGCUGGGGAAAGGGAAGGCUGCAAGUCCUUCCGUUCAGAGGAACUCCAGCUGAAUGCAGCUUAGCUGCUGGUGGUAUUUCUUGGCCAGCUGCUGUGGUCUCAGGGAUCUGCCUAUGAGCCUGCGGUUUCUGAGCUGCCUGUGAGUCUGAGGUCUCCGGAAUCUGAGAAUCUUCGGGAUCAGUCUACAAUCUCAUUUUGCCUUCAAGUCUACGGAUUCGAGAUCGACCUGCAGGUCUGAGAUCUCCGGGACCUGCCAGUGAUCUCUAGACUCUUUCCGAACGUCAGAGGUCUGAAAGGACUCUGUCUGCGGCUUUGGGAUCAGUUUAAAGCCUCUCGGAUCUUGGAGCCUGUGAGCUAGUGGAUCAUUUGCGGUCAGGAGCGCUGUCUGCUGUCUGCUUUUCCUGCCCUUUCUCCCUGGAGGCGAACCCUUGUGCCCGCGAUGGCAGCCACCCUGCUCAUGGCUGGGUCCCAGGCACCUGUGACAUUUGAAGAUAUGGCCAUGUACCUCACCCGAGAAGAAUGGAGACCUCUGGACCCUACGCAAAGGGACCUAUACAGGGAUGUUAUGCAGGAGAAUUAUGGAAAUGUUGUCUCAUUAGAUUUUGAGAUCAGGAGUGAGAACGAGGUGAAUCCAAAGCAAGAGAUUAGUGAAGAUGUAGAAUUUGGGACCACAUCUGAAAGACCUGUUAGGAAUGCUGAGGAAAAUCCUGAAAGUGAAGAGGCCUUUGAAAGUGGGGAUAGGUCAGAAAGACAGUGGGGAGAUUUAACAGCAGAAGAGUGGGUAAGCUAUCCUCUCCAGCAAGUCACUGAUCUGCUUGCCCAGAAAGAAGUCCACACAGGCAUCCGAUAUCAUAUAUGCUCUCAUUGUGGAAAGGCCUUCAGUCAGAUCUCAGACCUUAAUCGACAUCAGAAAACCCACACUGGAGAUAGACCCUAUAAGUGUUAUGAAUGUGGAAAGGGCUUCAGUCGUAGCUCACACCUUAUUCAGCAUCAAAGAACACAUACUGGAGAGAGACCCUAUGACUGUAAUGAGUGUGGGAAAAGUUUUGGAAGAAGCUCUCACCUCAUUCAGCAUCAGACAAUCCACACUGGAGAGAAGCCUCACAAAUGUAAUGAGUGUGGGAAAAGUUUCUGCCGGCUCUCUCACCUCAUCCAGCACCAAAGGACACAUAGUGGAGAGAAACCCUAUGAGUGCGAGGAGUGUGGGAAAAGUUUCAGCCGGAGCUCUCACCUAGCUCAACACCAAAGGACCCACACAGGUGAGAAGCCUUAUGAGUGUAACGAAUGUGGGCGAGGCUUCAGUGAGAGAUCUGAUCUCAUCAAACACUAUCGGGUCCACACAGGAGAGAGGCCCUACAAGUGUGAUGAGUGUGGGAAGAAUUUUAGUCAGAACUCUGACCUUGUGCGCCAUCGCAGAGCCCAUACGGGAGAAAAACCAUACCACUGUAAUGAAUGUGGGGAGAAUUUCAGCCGCAUCUCACAUUUGGUUCAGCAUCAGAGAACCCACACUGGGGAGAAGCCAUAUGAAUGCAAUGCUUGUGGGAAAAGCUUCAGCCGGAGCUCUCAUCUCAUCACACACCAGAAAAUUCACACUGGAGAAAAGCCCUAUGAGUGUAAUGAAUGUUGGCGAAGCUUUGGUGAAAGGUCAGAUCUAAUUAAACACCAGAGAACCCACACAGGAGAGAAGCCCUACGAGUGUGUGCAGUGUGGAAAAGGUUUUACCCAGAGCUCCAACCUCAUCACACAUCAAAGAGUUCAUACGGGAGAGAAGCCUUAUGAAUGUACUGAAUGCGAAAAGAGUUUCAGCCGGAGCUCAGCUCUUAUUAAACAUAAGCGAGUUCAUACUGACUAAGUCCUGUAAUUAUGAUGACUGAGAAAUGAUUCAUUUGAAGGUACAAUUUUAUUUGCUAUCAGUGAGCUCCCUCAUGACUGAGCUUCUUUUACUGUACUGACUUUCCUAGUUGUGGGCCACAAUUUAAAACAUCAAAGAAGACAAGCCAUUUGAAAUUCUCAGCACCACACUCUACCAAGUGAGCCACAGGCCGGCCUGCCAUUUGAAAUUCUGACCCACGGCAUUGAGAACUUUAUCCCUUCCUCCAAGAUAGUGAUUUUUCUUCACUAAAUAUUAAAGGAUUAUUUCCGCAAAAUCAGCCCCACAAGUAACUGGAAAUCUGAAGAACAGGGAACAAAUGCUGGUAAAUGCCCAGGGCUGGAAAUGGAGUAAAUCUUUAAAAGUUUUUUCUCCCAUCCUGGCCCAAAGAACUGUGCUGGGGGACUCUAAUAGGCUAGUCACAGCUGCUUUGCAAGAAGGCAACUAGAGACUCAGCCUGAGUUGCCACACCUAUUUACACACCAUGGUAGUUGGGCACACACCUUCCCCUCCAAAGGGCUCUUUCCUUGAGUUGCUCAUACCUUUGUAUCUGAGAGCAAGAUUCUGCAUGAUGAAGGCAAUGAUCAUAACUUUGCUUCUUCUUAUUGUUUCUAAUUAACUUGUUUAAAGUUUGCAUCUUUGUGAAAGCUAACUGAAGAUACAGUUUGAAAGGAAAAAUGAGACACAGGUUUGGGGACCAAGGACCCAUCAAUGGUGUGACUUUAGCAAGAGAUGCCCACUGUUGUUAUUGCCAUUAAUCAGAUGUAUGAAUUUUCUUUGGGGAUUGCAAUAGGGAACAUUGUAGGGAAAAUAUCUUCAAGGAAAGAUAGGACCAUAAGUGAUGGUGGUGAAUAAGGAACAAGUGGAAUUGACCCCUUCAGGGAAGGAAGCAAGGAGUCCCUUCCCAAUGAAUGUAGGUCAUUUCUGUGUUGUUUCCCCUCUAAUCUUUAAGAUCAAUUCUCCCUGUACUGCUAACUCUAGGAUUUGAUAAGAGCCACAUCUUAGUGUUUAUCUUAGCUUGCAUAAGGGCAUGUGUAUGUACAGUGAUAUGUGUAUUCCUGUGGUUUUUCUAAUAGCAGAAACUGAAUUCACACAGAAUUAGCAUGUUCUUGGGUGAUAUGGAUCAUGUGACAGAACUACAGACAUAACUCCAAUGUGAGAAAUCUUUUUAAAAAAUCAUGAAAAAAUUGAACACUAGUGCUAUAGUAUGCAUCUCCCAAUAAGGUCUGCCUUAGUACAGAACUAAGCACUUGUUUGUAUGUGUACAUCAGUUGUGGGAGAUAAUGACCAGACAGGUUGAUUGUCCUGUUCUCAGACUGAAUUAUCUCCUAUGGCAAUGAAGAGCCCUUUGGCCUAGUCAGAAGGAAUUAAUAAACCCACAUAGGAAUGUAUUUCCAUCCUCCUAGCCUACAGAUAUAAGCAGUUAAAAUGUGAGUUGACUCAAUUUAAGCCCAAUAGUGUCAGUUCUCCUUAUCUCAGCCCAAACAGGAAUGGAAUUAAGAAAUAUCCCAGAUGGGCCGAGCCCAUGACGCACUCGGGAGAGUGCGGCGCUGGGAGCGCGGCGACGCUCCUGCUGCCGCGGGUUCGGAUCCUAUAUAGGAAUGGCCGGUGCACUCACUGGCUGAGUGCCGGUCACGAAAAAGACAAAAAAAAAAAAAAAAAAAAGAAAUAUCCCAGAUGUGAUGCUUAUCCAAGUAUGCGGGGUGGGAGGAAUUGAUACUGAGGAGAUGGGACUGGAGUAAGGAAUGUAUUUUGAGAGUGCCCCUGUUUAUUUCUACUGUGCUUUAUAGUGAAUGUUGUAACAUUUAAAAAAUGCUUUUGCCAUAGUUCUUUGGGACUUGGUGUUAAAGGAGCCAGUGGUCUCUCUUGGGUAGUUUACUAGAAUGUGUUAUUGUGACCCACAGCUCUGUGGGACUGCAUCACUUGCAAAUGACACAACUUCAAAAGUAACACAACGAAAAACCACUUCACUGAGGGGGUUUCUUCAUGUUGCCACUCCUAUUUAAAUACAAACUCUGGCAGAGAGCAUGUUUUUUGUUCUAUACAAAACCUAGCACACUGUGGAUAUUCAUAUUUUAAUUUGUUAGGUGACUUAUGUGUUCUUGGUAACUAAACUCAAAUAUGUCUUUUCCUGUAUCAGUGUUGCUGAUGGCUUUAAUGAAUAUCAAAAUUUUCCUGUUGCUUCUGUGAGCCACUACAGGUGUCAUCUUGGGAGUGGCCAUGACCUAAUUGUAUUUCACCCCCUUUUCCUUCUCUGCUCUUGCCCCAACCCAACCUGUUCUUGCUGCGGCUUUUGGCUUCUUAGAGGUGAAAGGCUUGAGAAAAGUCUUCUAAAGUGCCCAGCCAUCUCUCCAUACACGUACAAUCCAGCUGGGAAGUUAAAAGGGCAAGGGCCACACCAGUUCUGUCUCCUCUUUUUCUGCCAAUUGCUGCCCACUGCUGUGCUGAACUUUAUGUAGAAGUUAUGCAUCAGCUCUAUUUGCUGAUGCUUUUUGCAUGCCUUCUGCUCCCAAGUCCCUGGAUGCUUCUGCACAUACUCUGAACACUUUGUGCCUGUUUUCUAUGGUUGUAGAGAGUGAAUGAACCAUUACGUAUGUAGAGCAGUUUUCCUUAUGGUAUUGAUCACAGUUAUCC